AUGACCUCGACCUCCUUCGCCACACACGACGACCACGCAGAGAGCUCGCAGCAUGCAUCCAAGUCCUCGACUGGUCUUACGUUUGUCCUGCCACCGCUCAGCGCUCUCAAGGCCCAGAAGAGCAAGAAAAAGAUCAAGCUCACAUACGAGGAACCCGUGAAGAAACAGCCUCGACCGAUCAAGCUCAAGCCACUGAGGGAGGUCUUGUCGAAGCUUAUCGUGCAGAUCAAGAAGAAAGAUGACUACGCCUUCUUCCUACAGCCAGUCGACCCUACACAAGUCCCGGGCUAUAGCGAUGUUGUCUCGAAGCCGAUGGAUUUUGGGACUAUAUCCACGAAGGUGGAGAAGGGGAGAUACCGGUCACUGGAGGAGUUCGCGUCCGAUGUCAGACUAGUCACCACGAAUGCGAAGACAUUCAACCCUCUCGGGUCGAUCUACUACACCGAAGCGGAGCGAAUAGAAAGCUACGCCCUGGACCAGAUCACAAAGGCCGCCGCCACCGUCAUAGAGUAUGAGACGGACUGGAACAUAGACGUCGAGAAGGACGAUGAGCUCGUCACCGUCGACCAAGACGAUGCAAAUGGCGUUGCGGGCACCUCCGCAGACAGAAUACAGGGCACCCCGAUGGAUGUGGAUGAGAGUCGUGCGGGGACUCCGUCUGUGCAGGUAGGAGGAGGGAAGAAAACGAAAGGAAAGAAACCACCGGGAACAUUGUCGGAGAGCUUAGAGCCCGAUGGCGGGUUGCCUGGUGCGAAGGAUGGUCUGGGGGCGUUUCCACCUGGAUCGGACGAGGCCGAACUGAUGCUGGCGUUGAAGCUCAAAGGGAAACGCUAUCGUACGAAAAAGGAGCGUAUUCGAAUGGAGAGAGGUGGCCCGCCCAUAGCUCCGGACGGAAGUUUAGACUAUCCUGAGAUGGAAGACCCCUUCUCCGUGCUUUCGGCCUUGGUCCCCGACCCGCCAUCCCGCCCCCUUCUCGUUCCCCUGUAUCCUCCAGCGGAGCCGGAAGAACCCGCACAGUCCCAAUACCCUGCCCCCGUCAACAUCAUCCCGUCUCAGGACAUCCCAGAACCGGAACCGGAACCAUCCACAUCGACUUCGACAUCAUCUACGCUGAGACGUAUCAAGAGCGCAAAGCCGGCCAAACGACGACAUUGGAUCGUCAACCGGAGCGGGCCGACGCGUGUUCGGAUCAAAGACACAGGAGACGAGGACGUUGUGCCAGUGUGGAAAACCCCACGAGAACCGGUCGCGACCGACUUCGGGACGUAUGCCACUCUCCCAAGCGUGCUCGCCCAAGAGAACAGGUUGCAGGACGUGGGCGCGGACCUCGGUUCGGAGGCGAGGCUUUUCGAUGUCUUGCGACGGAGCCUGUACAGUACACCCUCUGUGCCAAGCACUGAGGCGCACUCGACGGAUCAGAAGCCGAGCGUGGACGAGGACAGCUUCUGGAGGGGGAAGGCGGCCGAAGCUGAAGCGUACAUCAGGGACGUCGUCUACGGCGGGGUGGACGGACUGGCGUACGCGAGGAGUCUGGCCGAGUUCGUGACGCCCUCGGCACCUGUGGUACGCAAUGGGGAGCCUCCAACGUUCGGCGCGCUCGGGAUGCCUGUCGCGCGAUGGGUUGAAGAAAACGUUCUCGAUCCUCUCACAGGCUGGCGACACGGUGUUCUCCGCGACGCCUCACGGAUCCUCCACAGCCUCCCGCUCACUCCUCCCCACACACCGCCGUUCACCUCGACCGCGCUCCCCGAUCCCGACUCUACGCCCUCCGAUCCAAUCCGGCGCCAAAUCGACCUAUCGCUACACGCCUACCCCGCCGCGGCGCGUGCGCUGGAGACGCUCCGCUCGAUGCAAGAGGACAAGAUCGACCUGCCCGCGCUCAUCCGCUCCCCAGACGAGCUCUUCCACGCCGAGGACGUCUGGGCCGGGCGCGCGUACCGCGAGAAGCGGCGGCGCGAGAUGGACGAGGCGCUCGCGCGCGACCCCGAGAAGAACGCCGCGGCGUACCUGCAGUGGGCGAUUGCCGAGCACCGCGAGGCGCAGGCGGGUGCAUGGGAGAACGUGGGCGGGACUGUGGCUGGGACCGGGACCGCGGCUGGGGCUGCUGCUGCGGGCGCGGCGACCUCCGGUGCGGUGGAGGAUGCGGGCAUGUUGGCGUACGCGUUGGACGCUGCGGCGGACGAGAUCGCUAAGCUUGUGGGUGGACAGCCCGCGCAGGCGGCACCCGAGGCGCUCGCAGAGCGGAAGGGGGACGGGGCGGUGGAAGAAGCCCAGCCGAAGGGGGAAGACGCGGACGGCGAUGUCGUCAUGAAGACCGAAAGCGGCGAUGAUUCCUCCGCUGCGCCCAGUGCGAGCGAGGGCGUGGCCAUGGGGGACGUCGAGGAUCCGGUCAUGAAGAAGCUGCGGCUGAACCUCCUUGCGCUCGCCAAGAGGGCGCCGCUGGAUCAGAUCAUGAAGCUGCCCCCGCAGCUUGUCCCUGCACAUUUGCGGCACAUCGUGCCUACGGCGGAUGUGUGACGCUUUGGGGCAUGCCAGUCGGUCAGUAGUAGAUACACGGUUGUAAGACGUAGUAGUGUAGACGACUUUCGAAUCUCGAUGCACUGCAUCCUCCUUCAU